AUGGAGUCGCCUGGCGUUGUUGCCUGCAACAUCAGCUUUUCCCUCGCUCGCUUCUUUGCUUCCAACGGCCCGCGACGCCUCGGAGAGUAUCUCACCCAUGGCUCCUCUCCAGCCGAGCCGUGCUGCCUUGUCCUGCUCAAGAAUCACGCGUGUCCAGGCUGCAAAUGCGUUCUAACACUUUCUCCCGCCGCCCUCUCCCAGUUCCUCACAAGUUCCGUGUCUUCUUCCGUCCGAAAAUGCGUCGUUUCUCGCGUUCAAAGGCGACUUGUAAAGAGAGGUAGACGCGGGAGAGAAGCCGCAGCAACGCCGUCGUCGAGUCCACAAGUAGGUGUCUGUUCUCCCACGCUCCGCCUCGCCUCUGAGGGCUACGGACGGAGCAGCGACACGAUGACGUUUUCGACGGUCUCUCCUUGUUCGCCAACCCCUGAGGCUGGAGACAGCUGCUGCCCGAGGUUCUCUGCCUGCUCGUCUACCGUUCGUCGGUCUCGGUCGUCUUCCUUCCUCACCGCAGACGCCCCCGGGGGGGGGGAAGGCGCACGAGAGGACGAGGAGGCGAAAGCGAGGGGCCUGACGCGCCCAGAAAGAGAUCGCCUCUUCAGUCCUCGUUCGUCGUCGGCGCGGAAUCCACACGAGUCCCUCCCGUUGCCUUCUGCGUCCUCGCGUUCUCGCACCGGAUACGACAGAUCCGCUUCGCCGUCGCUCUUCACUUCUUUCUCUUCGCUCGCAUCUCCUCUCUCACCGCCCGACCCGGCACUCUCUUCCUCGCGAGGAGCCGGGACGCACCAGCACCUGACGCCUCGCGAGCUCACGCCGCCUUCGCGCUUUCCACCUGCGUCGGUCUCCUCGCCGUCGGGCGCCUCGUCUUCGUCUUUCGCCGCGCCGCGAUUUGUGUCCCUCUUCUUCAGCAGAGACCCGCGGGGCGAGGGGACGGGGGCGAGCGGUCUGGAGACGACAGGUCGCCCCACAGACUGGCUGAUGCCCGACAGCAAGUGCUCGCGGUGCUUUGCAUGCGGCGUCUCCUUCUCCACCUUCACGAGGAGACACCACUGCAGACAGUGUGGACUCGUCUUCUGCCACAAAUGCUGCUCCUGCUGGGGCGAGGGCGCCCCGCUGGGCUUCGGCCCAGGCCGAGUCAGAGUCUGCGGCGCCUGUUCGCAGCUCGCCCAGAGAGACGAAGAGGAAGCGCGGCGGGAACAGGGAGAACGAGCCGCGAUUUGCGAACACGAACAAGAAGAAACGGAAGUGGAGGCGAGCGAGGAAAAGGAGACACAGACCAGGAGGGCACUGCCACGCGGGGUGCGCGCGUUCACCACCUCUUCAUCUCGCGAGGAGGAAGAGCGCAAGCGCACUAGGCGCCGUGCGUCUCAGAGCGUGUGCCUCAGUUCGCGUUCUGCAUCGUCGUUCUCUUCGUCCGGCCCCGCGGCGUCGAUUUCCUCGCGAUGGGUCCCGAGUCCCUCUGCCUUCUGUUCCGCCGGCGAAGCUGCCUGGCGCCACUUGCGCGGCUCGGUGUACCUACACUGUCGCCUGGUGGGUCUGUCUCGUCUUCACGCUCGCAUUCUCUUCGACCUAACGCUCUCCGUUAUUGCUCCGCUUCGGCUCCCUGCGGCUUCGCCUUCGUCGUCGCCCCCGUCCGUUUUUGAUUUUGUGAAGGUCAAGCGCCUCCCGGGUCUGUCUGUUUCGGAUUCGUUCUUUGUUCACGGCGUCGUCUUCCCUCUCCAUCUCCACUGUAAACAGCACACGCGUCUCCUGCUUCAGCGGCCUCGUCUCCUCCUUCUCUCUUCUUUCCUAGGCCUGCCGCGUCAGUAUCCUCCGUCUGCGUCUCCCGCGAGUCCCGGGAUGCCAGCCGGCGCCUGUUCUUCCCUUUCGAAACCGAGUUCGCUCUCUUCCUCUGCUGCCUCGUUUCCUCUCUCCGAGCCCUCCGUCUCGAAUGCUUGGCCUUCUCCUCUCGCCUCAGCUGUCCCGCAGGCCCCAUCCCCUGCGUCCCCGGCGUCCCUCUCGCGUCCGCCCGGGACCAAAGACCCGACAAAGGAGACAACGGCGUUUGGGGCGGCGGCCCAAACGGGCGCGGGCCAGCCAGGCGUCUCUGCGUCGCUUCCCGGCGCCGCGUACACGCGCAUGCAGAUCCUGAGAGAACAGGAGGAGACCUACACCGGAAUCGUGAUUCAGAAGAUCCUGGCGCUUGAGCCCGCGCUCAUCCUGACCAGCGACGGCGCCUCGCAGCUCGUCCAGGCUCAGCUCCAGGCUCUCGGGAUCUGCCUGCUUGUGCAUGUGCCCCCGCGCACGCUGCGCCGAGUCAGCAGGAGCUCCGGAGCGCCGAUUCUGUCUUCUCUCGAUCGCGCGGCUGCUCUGGCUGUGGCGCUUCGCGAAGAACAGGAAAAAGACGCGGAUCGAAGACGCGCCGCGGAGGAGACGGGAUCGGCGCGCAGCUCGGGUGACGCUUUGCGCCUCACAGGCACUUCACAGGAAGCCCAGCCACCAAGCAAAAGACGGCAACUGCCAUGGGGCAGCUGUGGGGUCUGUCAAAUCUGUCGGCCGCAGCCGAUGUGUGUCGCCAGACCUUCACUGGUCUUCAUCGCCCGAUGUCCCUCCCGAGCCGGCGCCACCAUCUGUCUCCGCGGUCGCGCCUCCUCCGUGUUGGGCGCCCAGGCUGGCGACUGUGCGUGCGUGAGUCCUGAGGCGCGUCCCCCGUCGCGAACGCCGACUGGCGGCCGGGGCCUCUCGCCUCCUGAUCCAGAACGCAGCAGUGGCGCUGAGUAUGGCAAAAAGGAUUUCCAGAGAAGCGCACGCGCCGCCCAGGAGGUUCCCGUUGUCGACGAGCUUUUUCUUUCGAAGCGAGUGCUGCAAAGAGCCCUCGUGCACGCCUUCUCACUGCGCCAGGAAUUGACGCUGGUGGCGUCUUGCUGCGGGCGGGAAAGCGACGACGCCCCUUUCCAGUUUCUGCCGGACCAGCUGCGAGCGCAGCCACUCACGGCGCGGGGCGCGGAGGGCGCCGCGAAGAGGGAAACGCAGCCCGAGAAGCAGAGACGGUUUCGAGACCACCCGUCGGCGCGCACUCCCCCCGGAGAACGGGCGACAUGCAGACUGUGUCGAGCGGGCAAGAAGAAAGAGCCAAGCGGCGCGUGCUGGUGCAGGCUGACGCGACAACCGGUCGGCGCCUCCCGAGCGUGGCGGCGGGGCGGAGGCGGCGCAGAACGAGCGGACACGGGGUACGAAGAAAGCGAGGCAAGGGCCAGGACCGAGUGUUCAGACAGCGGGGGAGUCGUAGCCGCGCAAGGCUGUGGCGAACGAGGGCGAAGCGGCUCUCGAGAGGCCCACACGUCUCGCCCUCCGGCCCCGUCUGCGCGACAGCUCCAGGCCAAGCCCCCAAGCGCCCCAAGGAGACGGCGCGAGACCGCGCAGGACGAAAGCGAACAGGAGGCGCAUCCGGUUUUCUCCGGCAAACCGCCGUCUCCCACGCAGGCCAUGGCGUUGCCGUUCCGCCUCUCGCCCUCGCCUGCCUCCACAGCCUUUCUUUCCGCCUGUCUCUUCUUCGACCGCUUCCUCCAGACGCCGCUCUGCGACUGGCUGCGCCUGUCCUUCUCCUCGCCGCUCCACCGCCCUUCGUCGCUGCGCCUGCUCGCGAAACUCGUCAGUCCUCAGCCACUUCCUGUCGCCGCCGCACGUCGCCUGCUGCUGACUUCUCUCUCGGACCUCACGAGCCUGGACACGCGCAGGAGUCGCACCCUCGCUCUCGCUUCCUCUUCCUCUUCUUCUUUCUCUUUCUCUUCUUCCUUUCCGUUGCGUUUUGCAUGUCGAGACGGCUGUGCCUUACCUCUCGAAGGCGAGAGAGGGCUGCAGGUUCUGCAGGCUGGCUGCCGGUUCGAUUCGGAGGGAUCGCCGGAGGGCUGCCCGCCUUUCGAGAACGCGGGCGAGAGGCACCGCUUGGGGGAUUGGACAGCGGCGUUUGAAAACGCGCCGCGUCGCUCAAGCAGGCGAGGAACAGAAGGCGACUGGGGACGACGCCUUGCGCUCGUAGCCGGGGAAAACGUGGAAUGUCGCUUCCCUGUCAAGCGCGGCGGUGAGGACGACGACGCAGCGGAAAACCCCCACGGGAGGGAGCGAGAUGCAGAGGCUGCAUGCAGUUGGGAGCUCCGCGUCGAAAAAUUGGGGCGCGGGAACCGGUCGCCGGGGACAAGCGAAACGGACCCGUGUGCGUCUCUGGAAAACGCGAGAGAUCUGGUGGCAUUCGGCGCCUUCUGUGCAGCGCUACAGUUUCGCCACACGCGUGUGGAAGGACGGGAGUCGAAUCCGCCGCCGUAUCCGUCUGUUUCGUCUCCUCGCCGGUCUUCUCCCUCUUCUCUGUUUCGUUCGUUUCUCUCCGAUCCCUCUCUGCUCGGUUCUCAGCCAUCUCGCGCCUGCUGCGGGCCGCGUCGAUUGCUCCCAACCCGUCACCCAGACGCGCCGCUCCUCGAGAUGCAGGCGGCGCUCGCAGCCGCGGAUCUUGCGGGCUGUUCCGGAUCGUCUGCGGAUUCGCCAGGAGCGCCUGCGGCUCUCGAUGCUGCGUUCGCCGCCUGGGCGCAACGCCCUUCUGCGUGGACAGAGAGCGAGAAGGACCGCCUUUUUCCCCUCGCCGUUUUCCUCGGCGCGCAGCUUGGCCCGCGUCUGCGGCAGGUAUGGCCUCUCCAUUUGCUCACGCUCUUCCGCACAGACUCUGCGCAACUGUCUCUGAUCUCCAGCUGGAGCUCCGGCAAGCAGCAAUGCGCCGCGCAUCUUCUGCGCCACGACCUCCCCCUCCUGCAACUCCCCCCAAAUCGCGAGGCACCAUUGAGUCUCUGGAGGAAGGCCUGGCUGCAAGCGGCUGACGCCACGAACUCGACGGACAAGAAACCAGGAGGCACAAGAGCUACGAGCGGCCGGAGACCGGACGGAGACGCAGGCGACCAGAGGGAGGACGGGAAGGCCGCCUCAGGAGCCGACGCGGAGAGACGGUCGUGGUUCGAGGAUGCAUGCGAGGGGAGAAGCCGAGGGCGGCGGACGAGCGUGGCAGCGUGGCGAGACAGUGUGGACGAGUGGGCGACCGCCGGAAGCGCGGAAGGCCCGAGCGAGCGGUUCGGCGACUUGGCAUUGGCUGCGGUUUUGCGAGGGCCGGAAGAGGCCGGAUGGAGGACGCGAGAGCGGGGGGAAGAAACCGAAGAGGCGCGACUGCCGUCUCUGAGAGACACCGUUCAAAAACGCUGCCGUGAAGCCGCCGCUAUCCUUCACCAGAAAAAAUGCCCCGCAGGAAGCGCGCGAUGCAAACGCCCUCUCCUUCAACACGCACUUCGCAUGCAAAGCCUCGACAGCAGAAUCGUCGUUCGCUUCUCCCUGUUCUCCCCCGAAGAGCAUUUUCCCACGUUCGCGUUACCUCGCGCGUCGUCGCCACAGCGACUCGACCUUUCUUCUCCGUCGUCUGCGUCGUCUGAGCUCUCGACGGAAAAAAAAAGUGCCUCGAGUGUCGCGCCCCCAGAUACAUGCAGCCCGGACGACCUGAGGGAGGAGUCGGCCUCAUCAGAUCUCUUUACCUCGUCCGCGUCGUCCUCUUCUUCGUCUCUCCCGCUGUUCUCUUCGACUUCUACGACGCACGCAUGUUUGUCCGCGGAGGCCGUCGAGACGCCCGUGCCUAGCUCCGCGUCGGAAGGCCAGGAGAGGCGCGAUCUUGUCGCGCGCCAACCUGGUGCCCAGGACGCCGACCGACGCGCGGGACAAGAGCCUGGCCCCGCGGAGACACCGCUGGAAGGGGACGGUCUGCAUGCAAAUGGAGAUGGCGGCGGUCGCCGCGAAUGCGAGGGAGAGUCAUGGCUGCAGGCGCUACGUCGAAGCCUAGUCUUCGCCCACCAGCCGCGCAACAGUGAUAGUCAGGGGUACGCGGAGACAGAAGCGAAAGGCGGCGCGGCAAAGGCGGCGUGUGUGUCUGAGCCGUCCGGGGUCGGCGCGAAAGCAGGAGAGGCGAGCGGACGGGGUGCGCGAAGCGGAGAGAGACGAAACCUCGUCGCAGGUUCCAGCUUCGCCACGGGAGACUCGGGAGGCUCGUCUCCCGACAGGACCUGCGAGAAGGCGAGCGGCCGAGAGCGGGGCGGAAGGCUGAAGGUCGGGCGAUCUAGCAAGCCGAGAGCGCAGCGGUGGCUGCACACUGUGUCUACGGAGACGAGUCAGAGCGGCGUUUUGUUUUGGCAGGUUUGCAGCGCUUGCCAGGCACUGGUGCUUCCGUGCCGGAUGCUCGGCGAGGAGGGAAACCUCCCCUUCUCCAAGUUCCUGGAGUUGCUGCUCUGCAACGACAGCUACAGAGGCGACGGCUCGUGUGUGUCGGUUUUCCUCGAGUCGCCGCGGGUCAGACUUCGACGAGAAGACCGGGCGCUGCAGAGGGAGAAGUGCGAGGCUGCCCUUGAGAGACGUUGCGAAAUCCAGAAAGAGACACGCGGGGAAGAAGGAGAAGGCGAAGGCGAGCAGUGCAGAGACGGGGGGUUGGACCGAACACGAAGGCGGAGACGGUCCCGGUGUACGUCGACAGACGGCGAGGGACAAGCAGUGGAGCAAGGAACAAGGAGGAAGGAAAACAGACACCCAAGAGAGGACGGGAAGGGGAGCGACGCGUGGAUCCCAGAGGGUGGGGGCGGCUGUGAAGACAAGCGCAGAAGUGAAGCUGCGGACGGCGACGAGAGUGCGGAGCAUGAAGGGAAAGUGGGUGGAGGUGAACGCGCAGGAGAACGGACCUUCUACUUUGCCUUUGCAGGCGUGGUCAUGUCGUUUGCCUACGAAGAAGUGCCGAUCUACACCCUGAGGCGCCACCAACUUGACCGCCUCCGGUGCUUGGAGAACCCGCACGCGUCGCUGCUUCCUCGGGGCGAGGCGCCGCGAGCUUCGACGCUCAUCGGCGACAGCUCUCGAGGGACGGCGGUCCUGACCACUGACCCAGACCUGCCAGAAGGACAGAGCGGUGAUUCGCGAGACAGAAACUCGUGGCGGAUGAAAGACGCAUGCUCUAACGAAGACGAGGCAUCUACACCAGGCACCCCGAAAACGCGAUCGGGUGAUCCAUCUUCUCCGUCUCCAUUCUCCGCGUCUUCGUCAGUCUCGUCUUCGGCUUCGUCUGCCGCGUCGGCUUCUGCGGCGCGGUUCCCUUCUCUCUCCUCGCCGCGGGAUGGUUCCUCUUCAGUUCUUGCCAUCGUGCACCUUCUGCUCUGCGGCGUGUUACUCCCCCUGGCGAGCGAGGCGUAUUUCGCGUCUCGCCUCACCUCCGUUCUCUCUCUUGCUUCGUCGCUCGCGGCGUCCACUGGAGGCGAAAGCGAGAAAAGGGAGCGUCGGAGUCUCGUGCCUCAGCUUUUCCGCCUGCCGCGACCGUUCAUUGGUGGCGCCUCUUCCCGCUCGCCUUCGGUGCGCGCUUCACAGGUCCCGGCUGCGUCCACUCUGCGUCCAUCCGCUCGUCUGUUUUCGUCCUCUGACCUGUCGUCGCCUUCGUCUCGCUCCUCGUCGGACGCAUCGUCCGUUCCCGUCUCGCUGACCACGGUGAGAGACACAAACGGAUACACCUCGAGCUGUCGCGUGCCGCGGUCGCUGCUGUCGGCAACGCGUCCCGAACCCGGCGCAUCCUCGUGCGCUUCUCCUGGGGGAUCGACGGCGCAUAUGCCUCUCGGCGGGGCGGAUGGCGAUGGGCAGUCCCGCCUCGCGCCUGUGGGCGCAGGGCGGCGCCCGGCCGCGUGUGCGCGACACACAGUGCCCAGAAAAAGAGCGGAAAGUCUCGAGAAGUUGGCGACAGGAGGCGCACGUACACCUACCUUCCUGGACCUUUUCAAGACGCUCAGGUGUCUGCUUCUUCGACUCAGCGAAGAGGAAGAAAGCGGCAGACCACGCGAAGGGAGCGGACGCGACGCAGCUGGGAACGGGCGAGAUUUCCACCGACAGCACUUUGCACCUGACGCGGUCUCGCCCACAGACGAAGCUACCAUGCUUCUUCUCGACCUCGUGCAGGACAUUCUGCAGUGGACUGUCGAGGCGAUGGAGGCGCGACAAGCCUCGCGACUCGCAGACUGUGAGGAAGCGAAUUCGCCGAGGACAGGCCGAGGGUAUGCGAGAAAGAAGCGCAAGGACUCUGUCAGCCUGGCCAAGUCGGCGUCCCCGCGUCAGCCGCCCGCAGGCAUGGAUACGUGUGUCACAUUUCUGGCCGUCUUGGCUUCGCUUCUCUCUCCACUUUUGUCUCUCUGCGACCGGUACAUUUUCUUGUUCUUCCUCCUCGCGACGGCAGACCAGCGAGGCGUCUCACCUAUCCCGCUCUCGGGGUCGGCUCGCGCCUCCGGCACCCGGGACGGCCCGCAUGGCGACUGCUCCGCUUCCUCCUGGGGACUUGCGGACAGCCGGAAAACGCAGGUUUCAGAGUCUCACCCUCAGUUGGUUUCUUGUGAAGAAGGGAUGGGGGCCGAAAGAGACGAGCGGAACGGGCGCCCGCCCUCGUGGUCUCCCUCGCCUCGUCCUUCUUGCGGGAUUGCUCUGUCUCCGCCGGUGUUCUCGCAAACGCCCCGAGGGCGCCACGCCCUCCGAGCGGCCCAGGCCUUUGUGCGCCUGACCCGCAGAGCCGCCGCAGUGUAUCGCUACUUUGCACGGCGUGCGGCUCUUCUUCUGCUUGUUUCUUGUUGCUCCACCUGGCCGACUGCGAGGACGUGGGCACCUGCAGGCGUGCGGAGCGGAGGCGCCGGAGAUCGUCGGUCGGUGCCGAGGCGAGGAGAGCCGGCUCGGGGGGGAGGCGAGAUGGAGACGCGCAACGGGUCAGAUGGGGAGGCGAGCGCGGGGUCGUCAAACAGGCAGACGCAGCAACCGGAUUCGGCCUGGAGGGAAGCCACACAGAGGGCGAUCGUGAGGAGCCGGCUGCGGGCACUCGAGGCGCGCUUCCUGUGCACGUCGGCUCUGCCGGACUUGUUGCUGCUCAAGGAAGGUUGGGAGACGUUGCGGGGACACCUGUUUGAGGUGUAUCGAACCCUCGUCGCGGAUAUGUUUUGUGUUCUUAAAGCCGCGACAGAGAUGCACACCGCCGUCGAGAGGGACUCUCCACCUGAGGCCUCUCAUCGAACGCCCUCUGGACAACGUGCGUUCGGUUCGUCGCCACAAGACGACGCAGAGAGACACGUCGAAGCGUUGGAAUCCAGACCUGGCGAAGGGCGCUCGCGUGGGGCACCGCACAGCCCGGAAAUGGAACAGACACCGGACCCGGAAGACCCAUCGCCUCUGCCUUCGUUUCGCCUUCGUUCACGCUCUUUGUCGCCACAGUCCGAGGCUUCAGCUCACCAGCAAUCCGCGACGCGCGACGCGCAGAGCAGCUCCGACAAGACGAGGGGCGAGGCACCAAGCGAGACCGUGCGGGCGGCUGCCUGCCACGUCGACUCGGCUGUGUCUGCAGGUUCUUCGUACUCGAUCGUGGUUGCGGCGAAGCUUCGCGCAGAUCCUGCGUCGUCGCUCGUCUCCGUCUUCCUGUCGACUGCGGCGCCGAGCGCGAGCGGCCUGCCUUCGGCCUUGAGUGAGUCUGCGAGCGAAAGCGCCGCCCGAGAUCCGCUCCCAGGGCCCUGCCGGCAAGACUCCGCCCAACGUGACAUGACGCGAAGACUCGAGGCUGUGCAUGCGCGGCUGGUCGCCAGCGGGCGCGAAGUCGCCCGCUGGGAGGAUGGCCAGAGGGGGAGGCAGGCCGAAAGGUUUCGGCACGCCCUACCCUCGGCGUCGGAGUCUGCGCGCGAGAGUGCGUUGGGCCGGCAAUCCUCAGAGAGCACCGGCGUCAGUCAGGCGAAACCUGGAGGCCUUCCCUUUCUCGCCAGCGCCUUGUCGCCUCUUCUGAACCUUAUGGCGACUCCGCCUCUUCUGCCGAGGUCUCCAGCGUCUUCUUUCGCGCCCUCGCCAGCGUCGCCUGCGCUGCGAGCGACUUCGACGAAGCGCAAGGGGAAUGUGAGUGACGGCCUCCCACCGCCCCCAUCGCUUGCCAUGCUCGAUCCAAGAUCCGGCGUUUCCUCUGAAGCCGGCGCAGCUUCGGUCGUCUGCUCGCCGGCCGUGGCUUCCGCACCGCCCUCGCCCUUUGCGUCGUUCGGGCGCCGCGUCUCCUCCCCGUCUCCGUCCCAUGCGAUUUCCUCCGUUGCUUUAUUCGAGGCUCUGCCGCCAUCAGUGGCCUUAGCGCCGCGGCGAGGCGACGCCUCCAGAGGCGACAGUGAGCAGACCAGGCACGCCGACGCGAUGCGCGAGUCUGUGGGCACAUGCGCGGCGGACACCGGACGCCCGGACGACGGAGACGGGCGCGCCCCACAAAUGAAAGGAGACACCCAGACAGAAGACAGCCCCGACCGAGCGACAUCCCAAAAGGGAGGCAGAGAAGCUGCGAAUCCCCAGGAACCAUCCGCCCUCUCCGGCCUCAAACAGAGGGACAGCGAGCGGCUUUGUCAAGGCUGGGAAGGCCAAGGUGCGGCGUCUGCGGAUGGGGACUUGGUUGUCGUCAUGAAGGUUUUGCCUCGCGGCCGCGGGGACACCCUCGAGGUAGACGAUAGCUGUGGCGAGACCGUGAAGGUGUCGCCUUUCGUUCCUCCCGCCUCCUGCUCGUCUCCGCUUCUGCAGCUACCGCGAUCGGGCGUCUCGGCGACCCCAGAGGAAAGAGCGAGAAUUGGUGAUGACUCGCGCGUACCUUCUUUCUUCCGUUUUAGCCCUUCGUCGCCGGGCAUGUCGCCUUCCUCGAGGCCGCCGCCCUCCAGUCCCUUCUCAGGCACCUCCUCGCCCCACAAGACGCCCCACAACUUGCGCGCCUCCCCCUCUCCGCCAGGCGCCGUCCCCGUGGCUCCGUCGCCUUUGGGCACAAACAGGCGAGGCGGAGACCCGUUGGUGCCCCGCUUCUUCUUCGCACCCAGCAGUGGACGAAGACGCGCCGUGUCUUGCGAGGUCCUCCAGAGGGAAGGCGAGCGUACGCGAGACUGUCCCCCUGUUCCUUUCACUCUGGUGCCACACACAGUCGGGGAAGGACACGAGCGACGGGGGCGCUCUGGAGCACCAGCGGAGACGGCGGUUGCUGCCGCGCGACGCAGGGACCAGAGCCGCGGUUGCUCCUUUGACAGUCCCUGGCCGGGGGACCCGAGGGGGGAGAUGGACGCCGCCGACGCCGCGGAUGGCGACCGGGCCGACGCCUUGUUAGUGUGUCCGGUGAACGGUAGCGGAGUGGGAGGCACCCGCGAGCGAGGCCAGGCGGGAGACGGGAGGAUACAGUUCUCGAUCGCCGCCUCGAGGCGGCGACCCAGCCACGAUGCGCGCGGAGACAAGGAAGGACACGACCAGGUUGGCCGAAUCGCUCGUGCAGCCCCUGCGGUUCCCACGGGGGAGCCUACGCCAGAUGCCAAUGCACCGGAAGGGACUGUGCAUCUUGGGAUGGCCUUCGCGCUUCCGGUCGCGUCUCCCGCGCCGUCGUCGCCGAGCUCGCCGGGCUCUCGUCGGCGUUCGGGGUUUCCAUUGCCGCGAGAGACGGCCGCAGCUGUUCCGGACUCUCACGUGUUGUUCGAGCGAGUCUCGGCCGCCGUCUUUGACCGACUCCUCGAGGAUGCACAGCUCGAAAUGACUCGCUUGGUUUCCUCUCACGAAUCGUUGCUUUCGUCUCUCCAUCCGGCGAGCCCUCCAGGCGUCUUCACGCAGCUGUGCUUUCCCCCGCUCGCUCGCGACCGCCUCCCCUCGCCUCUGUCCCGCCAGAACGUCUCCCCUCUCCUCCGCAAUCCCCAGAGGCGAGAAGCUUUUUCCUGCUCACGCGCGUCCCCCUCUUUUGCCUCUGCGGGCGUCCACGGCGUCUGGGUGACAGCCCGAGACACCGAUGUGGGGUCGGUGAUUGCGCAUGCAUUGCUGAGCGCGGCGAUGCAGCGGGAGAUGGCCGCGCGGUGGGCGUCCUGGGGCAGCCGCGCGCGAGCGAGGAGCCGACCCGAACGCGCGUGCGCAAGCGAGGAAAGCGGCGAGUCGGCUGAGCAGGCCGAGACUCUGGCGCGCCGGAAGUCCUCUGCUGGGGACUCCGCCUCGUCCUCGAAUUUCGCACGGACAGACACAGGGCCCCGUUUGGCUGCGAGCGGAGAGAUGCGCGGCGGCGAGCCCAAGCAGCAAAGGGGAAGCAAAGGCGCAGAGAGAGGAGUUGACGAAGAAGAAGACUCACGGAAAAUGCGACUCCCCUGUUGUGGUGGGAGGUGUGCAGCCUGUCGCUGCCGUCGGCGGACGGGCAGCCUCGCCCCGAGGUCAGACAGGGUGGAGACACCAGAAGAGACAGGAGACAGCGAAGCCGGAGAAUGCGACUGCUGCAGAGGAAGUUGUCCUGUGGGCGUCGCGCGCCUCCGGCGUCUCCACCGAGCGGGGGCAUUCCAAGAGACAGCUGGAGACGCCGGGAAUCACUUGUGGGGCGGAGACUGCGACUGUCCCCGGUGUGGAGCCCUGCGCAGGCUCCUUCAGCUAGCCAUGCAUGCACCGACAGACGAACACCUGGCGACCGGGAUCGCGAGCAGCGGACGAGACUGGCGACAUGAUGCGGGCGUAAAGGGGAAGAGAGAAGGAGAUCGUGCCUUAAAGACGCGAGGCAGCCGCUCUCAUGAGGGUCAGGGCCCGGUACGCACAGGUGGCGACGACGUCGACAGGAGGCAAAAGUCUGAGGGACAUCCCUCGCCAUCCAUCUGUGGGGCGCGAACAGGCAAAUCUCUACAGAAAGUGCAUUCCGAGUUCCACACGCAGAGAUUCGGGGGAGAAAGAGGAACUGAAACCCGUCUCGCUGCGACACACUCAGGAUCGCCCUCGGGUUGGUUCUUAACAUCUUGCUUCCUUUCGCUGCCGCCUCUGAGCGCACCUUAUUGGCGAUUCGAUGGUGUAGGGUCUUCGCCUUUUGCUCCGCUCUCUUCCCGCUUCGGCUGCCGUUUGCAUGCACUUGCCGACCCAGAGGUGCCGGGAAGGGACCGCCCAGGGUGGGCUCGACACAGUCGCGGGGGAAGCCGGGAGAGCAGCGCCGUCAGGUCCGAGGCGAGGGACAGCUGUCUCCUCCAGGGACCGCCGUCCACAGGUAGCGGACAAACGGCACACGCUCAGUCCGGAGACGGACGCGGAGACAGCCCCGAGACACCUGAAGGCCUCGCGAUCCGGUGGUGGCGGCACGGGGGCUGCGGAGGCCACGCAAGAGGAGAACGGUGUCCCGCUGUGGACGCUGGACACCGAAGGAAGAGGCACGGUGUGGGGUCGUCUGGGCCAGCUGUAGAGCCACCGUGUCCCUCGUCAGCAUCCUCGUGUGGGUCUCCGGCGUGUCCUGGCCCUUUUGCUUCGCGCCCUGAACUGACAGAAGGCGAAAGGCCUCUGGCGGAGACGUGGGCGCUCCUGAGGCUCUUCUCGGGGCUGUCCUCCGAAACGCCUGCCUCUGCGACGAACGAGUCUUCUGCCUGCGCGUCCUCCUCUUCUCACAUCGCCCCCGUGUCUCCUGCCGCUCCUGCCUCUGCCGCGGGGCCUUCGAGCCGCAGUGUGCAACCUCUGAGUGCGCGGCAGCCCGGGCACUUCGACUUCGUUGAAGAGCGAGAGGGGGGAAGGAACUCCACACGGAUUCUGGAAGGCCGCGCGGUGCGGACGCUCCGGAACUACUUGCGCCUGGGCAAGUCCGCCUCACCGUCGAGACACAACGAAGCAUGCCGCGCGCAGGCCUCUCCACUGCGUGCAUGCGGAAACGCGAAGGCGUCAUUUGGGUGGGGAGACGAGGAGCGGCGAGUGAUGAGAGAAGUUAUCACUGGACCGAGCUCCGCGAUGUCGGCCGGCUGCGGGCGGGAGAAAGAGGGCGAUGCACGACACAGGGCGCGGAAGGGAAAGAGAUCGUUUUCUCCACAUGGGCUCACCGGCGAGGCCUCCGAGCAUGUCCAGAUUCUGGUCCAGGCGAAACGUGGAGAAGCAAAUCACGAGGAGGAAGCCUCGCAGGGUGUGCGCGAACAGGCGGACUCUCCCUGCCUAGUGACUGUCUACUACGCUGCCCGGUUCCACGCCAUGAGGCACCUUCUGUGCGGAGACGAUAUGCGCUUCUGCGCCUCGCUGCGAACGUCGCAGCCCGUUCGCCUCCCGGGAGGCAAAAGCGGAGCGCAUUUCUCUCUAACUCAGGACGGGCAGUACAUCGUCAAGCAGCUGAAUAAGCACGAGAUGCGGUUGCUGCUGUCCGCGGAGGCCGGCUCUGCCCUCUUCCGACACUUCGCCGAGACGCUUUUCGAUCAAGAGCCGACGACGCUGACGGCGCUGUAUGGGGUCUUCCAGCUUGCGUUUCUCAACACGAAGUCAAAGGCGUUCUACGUUGUGAUGGAGAAUCUGCGACACGGUCGCGCGCGCGAAGACGGUUUUUUGUCACAGCUGCAAUCCCUGUCGUUUCUCGCUCCGCUCGCUGCGCUGCUGCGCCCUGUCGCGGAACCAGCGGGGCACUCUGGAGUCGCCGGCGGGCGCGGGAGGCGCGCUCCGGAGAACCCAGUGUUCGAAGCGACGGGAGAGAAAGGCGAGGAGAUGACGCGGAUGCCCCAGCAUGAUGGGGGAGAUGCCGGCACAACAUGCAGCUCGGCAAGCGGAUAUGCAGACGAGGGCGUCUCCGUUUCGACGGACGCGAGCGUGGCUUCGGACAGCGCCGUUGCGGAUACGGACCUGGGAUGUAGCACUGGGAGGACCGAGCCUUUCUCGCUUGCGUCGAGAGUCUUUCGCCUUUUCUCUUCGUUCGCGCUUUCCUCAUUUCCAGCUUCGUUCCAGUCCGCUCCCGCGUCUUUCACUGCGCCCGCCGAGCCUUCGCGGCUUCUCCUUUUCGACCUGAAAGGCGUCGGGACUCUCCGCUACGUGCGCCUGGACGACAAGCGGUCUCCGAUGGAGAGCAGCCCGGGGGCGCAUGGAGACAACGCAGAAGAGGCAGACUUGGACGCCCGGGGAAGAGCCAAGGAGCGACAGGAGAACGGCGAGGUGUCGAGGCGAGCCGACUGCACCAAGGACGCGGAAGAAGAGCGGGACGAGAGAGGGGGGCGGAGAAGCCACGGAAACGCCCAGACAGACACCACCGACGCCCAGCCGUUCUGCAGGCAGAGCGGGCUCGCGACACACUCAGAAAGCGAAAGUGGAGAACCUUUUUUCAGCGAGACACACACGGCGCCUGACCGCCGCACGUCGGCCGCCACGGACAUGACUCCAGAGGGGAUUUCGGGAGAUCGGCGAGGGAGGAAGGCAGAAACUUGGGACAUCUCCGGGCGACAAACAGGGGACGGCGAGGACGAGAGGAGAGGAUAUGGCUGCGAAAGCGAAGGAACGGCCGGACGCGCGGGAGGGCUGCAAGGCACCGCGGCGGGCGCCGAAGGGACAGAAGGCGAAAGAGACGCAGGCCGAGAGGAAGCACCGUGCUGGAGCAGUGACCAGGCACAGCCUUCGUCAGGUGCGUCUGUGGGGGCAGCGAGGCCCGAGAGGUGCCGACGGAUCGACCUCGAGGGCCAGUGCGAAGAGUCCGAUGCAAAGGCCAUAGAAAAGACACCCUUCGGUAGCGGUAAGAGCGGAGCUGAGUGGAGCAGGGAGGGACCUCACGCGAGUGGAAAGAGAGUGGAAGAUCAAGGAGACAGGCGGCAAGCCAGGAAGGACGCCGAGGCGUCUGACUGCCGGACGGUCAGCUCUCAGGGCAGCGGCGAGGACGGGAGCGAGACAGACGAGGUCGUGGGGGGGCCGUUGCUGCGCGAAAAAGACGCAGCGCGAGGCGACGCCAGUCGCAACCUGGAGAGGCGAGACAGAGGAGUUGGAACGCAAACUGACGUUGAACAGGCCGCUGCCGUGGCGCGCUUGUCUCAUCCGCCGGCUGCAUCUUCGCCGUCUCCUGAGCUCCCUGGACAGGUGGAGCCCCAGGCUCCCGGCGGGCGUUUCCGCGCCUCGCCUCUGUCUGGUGUAGUGUCUCCACUUUUCCUUCCGACCUUUGCCUGGGCUUCGCCUGCCGCGUUGCCCCCUUCGUCUGCCCCGGCGCUGCCCGUCCUGUGGGACCAGAACUUUCGCGAGUUUUCCGGCGGCUUUCCGCUGUGUCUGGACAGCUGUGACCACGCCUGGCUCUGGCGCGCGCUGCAGCGCGACACGCAGCUUCUGCAGAGGCUGGACGUCGUCGACUAUUCGCUCCUAGUGCUGGUGGAAGAGAGCGGUCGCGUGCGGCGCAUUUCCGUCGCCUUGAUCGAUUUCUUUCGGCCCUAUACAUGGGACAAGCAGGUGGAAACGAUUGGGAAAUCCCUCGCGUACAUGACUCGGGGACUCCUCGACCAACAACCCACUGUUCUCUCGCCUCCGCAGUACCGUCUCAGAUUCCUCCACACGAUGGCUGCAUUUUUCGGGCCGUCGCAUCCAACCGACCUAACCGGCAUUUUCGCGUCUCUGCUGAGACUCGCUCCGGCACUCACUGCUCGCGAAGGCUCAGCGGACAGAGACCGAAGGUAUCCAGGUGAACAGGGAAGCGCCGAAGGGCCGAGGCAGAGCGCGACUUCGGGGAACGGUGGCGACACGCAGGAACGACAAGCGAGGGCCGAGGAGGCGGAUCGGUGCUCGGCCUCUUCACUGCCUGCCGACAAUCCUGAAGGUUCGCUCGCAGCGUCUUGCAAUCGCUGCCUGUACUCUGUCCCACCUGCGACUUCCCCACCCUUUUCUGUCUGCGCGGCUUCGUCGUCAGCGUCUCCUUCGCAACAUUUUGCGUCGGCGUUUGAUUACCCGUCCGAGACACCGACCCGUCGUCCUUCGUUGGAUGCUCGUGUGCCGUCUGUGCAGUCGGCUGCGUUCAGCGCGAGCACGGCGCCGGGGAAGGGAGGCCCUGCGGGAAGAGAAAGGGAGGAAGGCGAAGACGCAGGAGAGAGACUGGGGGGCGAAGCCUGCCGCAACGCGCACGCAGUCCCGGUGAGGAAAGCGGAACGCAGAACGGAAAACGCCACGGAAGAAAGAGACGCGCGAGACACGCGCAUUGUCCAUGACGUACAAAGUGCCACAGCUGCUGCACGAGCGUCCGCAUUCUCCGCCUUUCUUCGUCUGCGCAUUCGAGAUCAACAGAGAAAAGACCGAGGCAAACGAAACUACUAUUAG